GCCCCAGUUACGACUUGAGCGACAUUUCCGGCGUGCCUAACUCUUCUCUUUUCUGGUCUAGUCCUCUUCUUUUCCCUUCCAGCCACCCGCGACUCAGUCUCGCGCGACCGAUCCCAUCGUCGAGAUCACCUGUCCCGAGACAUCCUCCGCGAAACAACCUCCUCUUACGAAUCGAAACGACAAUAUGCUGAUCGGUCUCGUGCGCGACUCGGUGCUCCAGUGCUUCUGUCACAGCUGCAAGGCCCCGUUGGGCGUCGUAGCGGGACAGAGGAGGAAUAAUGCGCCGUUUAAGAAGCCGAGCGGCAAGGGAAAGCCGCGGACCAAGCAGCCGAAAAAGGUGAAGUUCAUCACGACCGAGAUUCGAUGCCAAGAAAAAUCCAAGGGCGGGCUGUGCUAUGAAGUGAUCCUGGCAGAGCCGACGGUGCCUAAGAGAGCGCCUUCGCCGCCGCAACCGAGUCCAACGCAGCAGACCGCGAUUGAGGACAAGUUGAAGGCCGCCGAAGAACGAAGACUAUCCAUCGAGGCGCAUAAGCUCGCCGCCCUCGCUGCUAAGCUCAGCAAGAUCGAGGAAGCAUCCCGCAAGAAGGACGAGCUCAGUGCGGCCUUCAUCACCGCCACCCGCGAGUCCUUGGACGCGAAAAUGAAUAAUACGGAGGAGAAGCGGGAGGCCCAUAUCGCUGAGCUGAAGAACAAACUGAAGGAUCAUUUGGAGAGUGUUGAGAAGACUCGCCUGAAUCUCGAGCAACAAACUGAGGAAGUGCGAUCCGCUGUCGAGGAGAAACUGAAAACUGUCGCGGCUCAGCGUGAUGAAAAUAUCAAGAGGAUGUUGGAUCGUCUCAAGGAACACGAAGAGCAAGUUGCUCGUGUACGUCAAGGUAUGUCAGAACGCGUGCAGCAGUUGGAGUCCCAAAUCCAGGACAAGUUGGAGCAAGCACGCGAACGUCGCGAGAGCAUCGAGCGCGAGCAGAUUGAGAAGCUGCGCAAUCAUAACACGGUGAAGAUAGCGAAAAUGCGUCAGAUGGCGGCGCGCGAGCUCCUGAUGAAAAAGUGCGAGUUUGACAAGAGGGUGUCGACCGCGGAGAUGAAUCGACAGCGAGAGAUCCAGCAUCGCGUGCAGGCGAUUCGCCGCCACCAUGAGAGGCGCGCCGAGAUGGUGAGACAGAAUAAGAAGGACCGCCAGGAUAAUAUAAUGAACAUAGCGAAUCCGAUCUUACCGGUAGAGAACGAGACCGCCAGUUCCGGUUAAGUAUCCGGAAAUUCUUUUCAAGGCCGCUCGAAUGCCCCGCAAAGCUCCGUUUCGCUUUGUUUUUUGACUCGAAGUAAAACGGGAGGUCGAUCGCCGCGCAUCAGACGUGUUCGUAUUUCGAGCAAAAGAGGUAUGCGGAGCCGAAUCGUUUCUCCUUGUGCGGUUACUGGAUGUCGUAUGGACAAUACUGCCUUCAUCAUAUUCUCACUUCGGUAACGAUAGAAAGAACGCUUCUUGAAUUUUGAAGGGAAAGAAUGAGGAUAGUUUUGAGAUUGCUGCGAAAGUUUAAUUUUAACUGACAUACGACAGAAUUGUAGGCGUUAAAAAAUAUGGGGCACAAAGACAUAAGAAUGAAGUUCUAUGAAUUGUGUGAAAAAAAAUGUAAGAAUUUUUAAAAGAAUUAUUACAAGAUCGAAAUAUUUAAAGAU